AUGUUUAGGCUGAGGCAAUACUGUCAAUGCCUCCUCCCCUUCCGCCGGAAGAGAGCGAUCAUGGUUGAUUGGAUUCUUCUCUCCAUCUUCGCCAUCUUGUUCACGUCGCUCUGUGUUAUCAUCAUCAGCACGUUGACGAUGGAAGAAUUAGCACCAGGGAUGUUGGCCACCUCCGUUGAUCGUACUGUCGCUAAUCACAUGCAUAAAUCAAUUUCGUCAGUGAACGAACAUGAACACAAGACAAGUACAAAACAUGGGAAAAAGGAAAGUAUUUGGCAACCUACGAAAAAGAUACUAUUUUGGAACAAGUACUUCGGAACAGAAGACUACGAGCUAAAACUAGGAAAGAAUUCGUUUUUAGAAGCCGGUUGUCGAGUAACAAAUUGUCUUUUGACGGCUGAUCGGACACAGUUGAAAGACAGCGAUGCAGUCAUCUUUCACGCCAAUGAUUUCAACGAAAGAGAUAUGCCCGACCCUAGAUAUCGCCGCUACGAACAACGUUUCAUUUUUUACAACUACGAGACUGUACUCACUGCUAGCGACAUGCCCGUUUUCAGUCAAACUAAACAUUUCUUUAAUUGGACCAUGACUUAUCGAAGAGAUUCAGACAUUUACGACGUCCGGCCGUACGGUUCACUUAGAAGGCGGGCCGAUGCGAGUCUCCCACCUUCAAGUAUGCCCAUCAGACUCACACCGUACACACAACCACCUGAUCCAGCCUCCCUGAUGACGCCAUCCUCAAACCGUUCCAAAAGUCACCCAAUUUUAGCCAAAAAGAAGAAAUUACUCGCUUGGUUUGUGUCUCGCUGCCACUCCGACAGCCUCAGAGAAAAAUAUUUCCAACUGGUUGGCCAACACGUGCCCAUCGACAUUUACGGUGGAUGUGGUCCGCUCAAAUGCAUGCCUUCGAGGAGCGAAAAGUGCAACAAGUUGCUGGACAGCUACAAGUUCUACGUGGCUGCCGAGAACGCCAUUUGCGCCGAUUACGUUUCAGAGAAAUUCUACCGAGCCCUGGCGUCCGACAUUGUUCCCGUCGUCUACGGAGGAGCCGAUUAUUCCGCCUACGCUCCACCAUUGUCCUACAUCGAUGCCGCAGAUUUCGUGUCUCCCAAAGCCUUGGCUAAUUAUCUGAAGCUGCUUCAUGAAAACGACGGCCUCUACUUGAAAUACUUUGACUGGAAAAAGGAUUACGAAGUGGUGAGUCGACCGGCCGACGGUUGGUGUGAGCUUUGCGAGAAACUCAACGAUCCCAAUCAACUUGCCAAAGUUUACAAAGAUCUUACCGACUGGUGGUUUCACAAAGAUAUACCCUGUCUCUCCGGAUAUGAUUUUCUUGAAACGUUGCUUCCUGUUACUUGA